CCUUUACUAAUUUUGAGUACGGAUUCCUCCGUUUACCUAACCAAGGUAGAUGACUUACGGUGGGUGUGACAUCAACACGGAGGAUUCUCACUCCUAGGCACCUGAUCCCAAGUCUGAUAUCUGUCCAGGGGUCCGUGUUUGUGAUUCUCUGGAUUAUAUGUUAUUUGUGUGAUUUAUGAGAUCGAUCAAAAGGUUGUCUUCCCAUUUUCAUUGUUCACUGUUACUAUGUGAAAUUACAGGGGUCGGAGAGUAUAAGGUAAUAACAAACAAAAUAAAUGGGUAAUUUCUUUCUUAAAUUCAUUCUUUAUUAUCUCGGGAAAUUUUUUGGAAUUUUUCAAGGGAAUUUAGUGACAAUUUCCGUGAGCUAUAUCAAAUCGAAAGACAGAAUGCGGUAUGAAACGCCUGUAUUUUUUUUUAAACUAUAUUACUUGUUAAACAAAAAAUUAACUCGCUUCUGUUUAAAACUUUCUAUCUGAUGAGAUAUGCAAUAUUUGAAGAAAACAUUUAUCUGGGGUAAAAUCUAAAUAUAAAGUCCAUGGUCCUUCUAGGUAAUCGACGAAUUCAUCAGCUGACGUCACAGGACUGGUACAUGUUACGGGUGGAUAUGUCAGACUUUACAGGAAAGACUAAAUAUGCGGAGUACCGGGUGUUUUCUGUCGGAAACCAGAGCAGCGGAUUCAAAAUAACGGUGGACGAAUAUAGAGGAAAUGCUGGGAAUGCACUGUCGUAUGUGAAUGGAGAGCCCUUUAUUACAAAAGACAAAGAUAGGAGUAAUUGUUCUCAGCAAUACAAAGGCGGAUUUUGGUACAAAGCUUGUCACUUCGCUAACCCUAAUGGUCUAUACCUAAGAGGAAGGCAUGAGUCUUUUGCGGGCGUGAACUGGAAGCAGUGGCAUGGUUAUCAUUACUCACUGAAAACCAUCGAGAUGAAAAUCAGAAGACUUUAAAUAACUCGUUCCGUUGCUGAAGAGGACUGUAUACAAUCAUUUCUUGUAACAAUACAAUGAAUAAAACGG